AGAUAGUUAAAUAAAGAUCCUUAAACGGUAAGAUGGUUAAGAUAUUCACGCUACUUACCUUUGAUCAAACUAUAUAUAUACUGCUCCAUCCUCCUCUUUUUCCUUCCUCUCCUCUCUAGUACAUAUCCGUUCCGUCUUUUCUCGCGUCUACUAUUUAACCAUCUUCACAUGGCAUACCGCACACAGCGUGAACUCCACCAUCAAAACCAGCCAAAAACACUAUCACACCAAACAAAAAACGAAAGCCACCACCACCAACAUUUUCCUCUCUUCUCCGUAUAUCCACAUCCACCUUCCUCCUCCCCAUCCCAGCAGCGCGUAAACCCGCCACCACCCAAGCACGCCCACAGCAAAAACCGCCCCCAUGCGGCCGCCCCAUCUGCCCUACCCGCGCACCAACACACGCACGCCCUCCCGCGCGCCUCCCACGGUCCAGCAAUCCCGCCGCCCUUCCCGCUCCUACCGCGCGCACCCCACAAGGCCAGGACAUCGACGGGACGUGCGAGCGAGCGAGCGAGCGUGCAGAGCUCCGCUCCGCUGCGCUGGCCAGCAGCAGCAGCGCCGCCGCCCAGUCCACACAGCACAGCGCCGCACACAGACCAACCCAACCCGACCCGACCCAACGCAGCUCAGCCCAGCCCAGCCCAGCCCAGCCCCCAGCCCCCCAUCCCCCAUCCCCAGCCCCCCGGGCAGAAUUAAUGAUGAGUGAACCGCAGUCCAUAUUCGCAAUUAGCACGGAGGGGGAAGCAG